AUGUUGGCACCAAACCCGUUAGUGUACUUAGACCCUAUGAGAAUGUCAGUUCGUGAUGUGGAUUUUGGUGGCAUGGAUUAUAGAGAAUUUGUGUUGUGGGUUUCAAAGCUGACAAGAAGAAUCUAUGAUAACUUGUACUAUUAUAUAAUAGAAUGUGAUCAUGAACCUGAUAAAGAAGUGCAUACUUUUGACAAAACAUUUGAUGAUGAAUUUUUGAACAAGUUAUGUGGUAAACCCAUUCUUAAUAGUAAUCAAGAAGAAGUAAAUGAUGAUGAAGUCAACGAUGAAGAUGAUGGGGUUGUGUUCACUAUCUUUGAUGAGAAUCAAGAAUGGGAUAAAAUUGUCCCAUUUUUAGCUAGGAAGUUUUCCAACCCUCUUGAAUUGAAGUUAUGUCUAAGCAACUAUGCCGUCAAGAAUGGAGAUCAAUUGCUUCCAACCAUUGAGAGGGAUGCAAACAACCAUAUAUAUCUUGUUGCAUGGGUUGUGGCUGUAGUAGAAAAUAAAGAAACAUGGAAGUGGUUUCUUGAUCUUCUAAUUGAUGACAUUGGAAUGGGAGUUGGGCAUGGACUAACCAUAAUAUCCGACCAACACAAGGGAUUCGUUGAAGAUGUGAAGGAAAGGGUUCCAGCUGCAGAGCAUAAGCAAUGUGCUAGCACAUCUAUGCUAAUUUACAAAAAAGAUUUAAGGCUGGAACCACUAGCUUAUGAACAUUUGAUGGAAAGGGACAGUAAAACAUGGUGUAAAGCAUGUUAUCAGGUUGAUAGGAGUUGUGAUGCAUAUGAAAAUGGUGUUUCUGAAAGUUUUAAGUUGAAGUUAAACAAGCUCAAGGAACAACAAAGGUUUUUGCAAGUGGUACCUUUUGGGUAUAUGCAAUUUGAUGUGAGGGUGGGACUAAUGGAUAUGCUGUAGACCUUCAUACCAGGCAAUGUGGAUGCAUGGCAUGGCAGUUACAUGGAUAUGCUGCCAUUUCAAGCCUUAAUAGGGACCCUGAGG